UCUCUCUCUCUCUCUCCCCCUCUCUCCCUCUCUCUCUCUUCCUCUCUCUCUCUCCUUCUCUCUUCUCUCCUCCUCUCUCUUCAUCUCCCUCUCAUCUCUUUAGGCUGAGCGUAGAAGACAGCAACACCAACAUCUCUUGACAUGGAAAUACACUGAUACAAUAGACAAGAGAAGCCCUGGAUUUGCAUUUCCCGAUUUCAGGUGGCCUUAUCUGGGCGAUUCAAUCCUGAUCAUAAUCCUGUGAUGGAGGAUUCAGGCAUCCAGCGAGGCAUUUGGGAUGGAGAUGCCAAAGCUGUCCAACAAUGUCUGACAGAUAUUUUUACCAGUGUUUACACCACCUGCGACGUUCCUGAGAAUGCUAUAUUCGGUCCCUGCGUCCUGAGCCAUACCUCCCUGUAUGACAGCAUAGCUUUCAUAGCUCUCAAGUCCACUGACAAGAGAACAGUCCCUUAUAUCUUCCGGGUAGACACUUCAGCGGCAAAUGGUUCCUCAGAAGGUCUUAUGUGGCUGCGGCUGGUCCAAUCAGCCAGAGAUAAAGAGGAGCAAAAUCUCGAAGCGUAUAUCAAAAACGGACAGCUCUUUUACCGAUCUCUCCGCAGGAUUGCCAAAGACGAAGAGUUGCUAGUUUGGUACGGGAAAGAACUGACUGAGUUGCUCUUGCUCUGCCCCUCUAGGUCCCACAGCAAAAUGAAUGGGUCGUCCCCUUACACAUGCCUGGAAUGCAGCCAACGUUUCCAGUUUGAGUUCCCCUACGUGGCGCAUCUGCGCUUCCGUUGUCCCAAGAGACUUCCCAGCGCGGACAUGAGCCCUCCAGACGAGCAGAGCGGCGGCGUGGGCACCAAGGACCACGGGGGCGGCGGCGGUGGCAAGGACCAGCAGCAGCAGCAACAGGAAGCACCGUUGGGUCCCGGCCCCAAAUUCUGCAAAGCGGGUCCCAUUCACCACUACCCGGCGCCCUCUCCCGAGGGCAGCAAUCCGCCUUCUGUUGGCAGCGGCGGCAGCAGCGCGAAGCCCUCCACGGAUUUUCACAACCUUGCCCGGGAGCUGGAAAACUCCGGGGGUGGCAGCAGCUGCUCGCCAGCCCGGAGCCUCAGCUGCGGCAGCGGCGGCGGCGGCCACCAGGAGGCGGAGCUGAGUCCCGAGGGCAACGCCACGGGCGGCGGCAAAGGGAAGAGGAAAUUCCCCGAGGAGGGGGCCGAGGGCGGAGGCGGCCCGGGGCUGGUAGGGGGCCGGGGCCGCUUCGCCGAGCGGCCCCUGCCCGCCUCCAAGGAGGACCUGGUUUGCACGCCGCAGCAGUACCGCGCCUCGGGCAGCUACUUCGGCCUGGAGGAGAACAGCCGCCUCUUCGCGCCGCCCAGCCCCGAGACCGGCGAGGCGAAGCGCAGCGCCUUCGUGGAAGUGAAGAAGCUGGCCCGCGCGGCCGGGCUGCAGGACGACGCGGCGGCGGACACGGCGGGCUCCGGUGGCGGCGGUCAGGGCGCGGCGUCGGACGAGCGCAAAAGCGCCUUCUCGCAGCCGGCACGCUCCUUCUCGCAGCUGUCCCCCUUGGUGCUGGGCCAGAAGCUGAGCGCGCUGGAGCCGUGUCACCCCGGCGACGGCGUGGGCCCCACCAGACUCUACCCUUCCGCCGGCGACCCUUUGGCCGUGAAGCUCCAGGGGGCAGCGGACCUGAACGGAGCGUGCGGGGCCCUGCCGAGCGCGGGCGGCGGCCUGCCCAAGCAGAGCCCCUUCCUCUACGCCACUGCCUUCUGGCCCAAGAGCUCCGCUGCCGCCGCGGCCGCCGCCGCCGCGGCCGCCGCGGGCCCCCUGCAGCUGCAGCUGCCCUCGGCGCUCACCCUGUUGCCGCCCUCCUUCACCUCGCUGUGUCUGCCCGCGCAGAACUGGUGCGCCAAGUGCAAUGCCUCCUUCCGCAUGACCUCCGACCUGGUCUACCACAUGCGGUCGCAUCACAAAAAGGAGUAUGCCAUGGAGCCCUUGGUGAAGCGGCGGCGGGAGGAGAAACUCAAGUGCCCCAUUUGCAACGAGUCUUUCAGGGAGCGCCACCACCUGUCCAGGCACAUGACCUCGCAUAAUUGACACGGAGCGGACCCCAGUUCCCCAGGCGCGCACAAGCACAGUCAAGCCACCUACAGGAACACACGAGGACCUCCACCACUUCCUUGGGACCGCUGCACCCAGAGAUAGACGCACACAACCACACACGCCCCCCCCCCUUCUCAGUCAGACGUCUACCCGAGACUAAGACACACACACACACACACACACACACAACAGAACGGUGGAUUAGAUUGGGUGGGUAGGGGUUUUCUUUUGAAUGCACGCAUUUUCACUUUCCCAAAAACAAAGGUACAUUUUUUAAAUGUCAUAUAUUGCAACAUAUUGAUGCAUUUGUCAUACGUUUCUACUUAAAUUAUUAAGCACUUACGGUUUAGAUGUAAUAAUUAUAUGUAAGGGCAAAAUUUAUUUUAGAUAUCAAGUUAAGGAGGGUGAGAUGCUUUCUGCAUUUCUUGAUGACAGUUUGUGUUCUUACAAAAAUAAACAAAAUGAAUAAAAAAGGGGAUUACAUUCAACUUAAGUUUCCAGGGGGAAGUGCAUGUAUCAUGAAAUGAUUAUGGACUUCAAUGAAGAAUGUCAUCAUUAUGUAAAUAUGUAUUUCCUUUUAAUACAAAGUGUAAUUUUUGUGCCAGUGAAAUGGAGUCUGAAUAGUUAUGUGUUUCUUUUAUCCCUGGAAAGAUUUAUUAAACUUUAUAGAUUAUCCGGGUAUGUUGGAUGCUUUGACAAUAAAUAACUAUUUUCU